CAAGCCCAACGUCUCCUCUCUUCCUCCACCAUUACCACCACCGCUCCAUCCUUUCUUACUCAAACUCUUAGAAGGCAUGGGAUCCAACACGGAAGUGCUGCAGCUGUCACCAGAGGAGGACGAGGAGGCGCGCUUGUAUGCCGUGCAGCUGGUGAUGGCCAUGGCCCUCCCCAUGACCCUCAAGGCGGCCAUCGAGCUCCGGCUCCUCGAGAUCAUCGUCAAGGCCGGCCCCGGCGCCAAGCUGAGCGCCGUCGACGUCGCCUCCCAGCUGCCCACCCAGAACCCGCAGGCGGCCGAUAUGGUAGACCGCAUGCUCCGCAUACUCGCUGCCUACCGCAUCGUCAGCUGCACCGCCGAGCCUGGCGCCGCCGGCCAGCUUCUGCGGAAGUACGGCGCAGCGCCUGUGUGCAAGCACUUAACCGAGAACGAGGAUGGUGUGUCCAUGGCUCCUCUGUGCUUGUUCGGCCUGGAUAAAGUCAGGAUCGAUUUCUGGCACUACUUGAAGGAUGCGGUGUUGGAGGGCGGCACCUGCUUCCACAAGGCAUACGGUAUGACGGCGUUCGAGUACAACGGCACCGACCCCCGGUUCAACAAACUGUUCAACGAAUGCAUGAGGAGCCACUCCAGCAUCAUCACCAAGAAGCUGCUCGAUAUCUACUGCGGUUUCGACGACGUCAAGGUGCUCGUCGACGUUGGCGGCGGCACCGGAGCCGCCCUCCACAUGAUCACCUCCAGGCAUCCCCAAAUCAAGGGCAUCAACUUCGACCUCCCUCAUGUCAUCUCCGAGGCACCCUCGUUCCCAGGCGUCGAGCAUGUCAGUGGAGACAUGUUUGUGAGUGUGCCACAAAGUGACACCAUUUUUAUGAAGUGGAUUCUUCAUGAUUGGAACGACGAGCAAUGUUCUAAAUUACUAAAGAAUUGUUGGAAGGCUUUGCCAGAGAAAGGUAAGCUGAUAGUGGUAGAAUAUGUGCUUCCACUGCUUCCUGAGCCAAACUUAAACUUACGAGGUGCGUUCCAUUUGGACAUCAAUAUGAUGGUUUUCCUUGGAGGAAAAGAAAGGACACAGAAGGAGUUCGAGGCCCUCGCACUGGAAGCAGGGUUUUCUGGAUUCACAUCUACUUAUAUUUCCAUGUAUACUUGGGUCAUAGAAUUCAAAAAGUAAGGGGUAUAUAUAUAUAUAUAUAUAUAUAUAUAUAUAUAUAUAUAUAAACAGUUGUCUAUGAGUAUCUUUAAGUAUAUGAGUCGUAACUCAUCCUGCUUAUGUCAAUGUUCUUCCUUUGGGUAGUGAUUUCGGGCUGGGAUUCUCAUAUGUACCCCUUGCAAAAUAUGUAAAACGAUGUCAACUAUACCUUG